UCUCGCCCCGGGGACAUGGAGCCCGAGCCCGAGUCCGAGUGCGCCGUGUGCCGCUCGCCGUGCCCGGACGCCGGCCGCCUCCCCUGCGGCCACCGCCUCUGCUCCGAGUGCGCCCGCUACUUCGGCACGGAGCUGCGGACAGAGGCGGAAUGUCCCCGCUGUCACAGCGAGCCGGGCACCCCGGCCGGGGCCGAGGCACCGUCCGCCCCCGCUGCCGGGGGGCAGCCACGGGAGGUGGGCGGAGAGCGGGGGCUGUGCAGCGAGCACGGGCGGCCGCUGGAGCUGUACUGCGAGGAGGACGGGGAGUGUGUGUGCGGCCCCUGUACCGCCACGGGCAGGCACACCGUCCACACGCUGGUCAGCCUGCAGACGGCACAGGACAACAUCAAGGAAAAACUGAAGAAGGAAGUUGAAAACCUGCGGAUAAUCCAACAAGAUUGCCACUUCAAGCAGCAAGACGUGGCGAUAUCAGAAUCUGAUGUGAAGACGCAGAUUGAUCAGCUGAAGGGAAACCUGUCGAAGAAGUUCGCAGAGUGGAGGAGGUGCCUGGAGGAGGAUGAGAAAUGUGCGCUGAAGGUCAUCGACCAGGAGGGAGAGGUGGUGCUGGCUGAGAGCAGCAAGAGAUUCCAGGAGCUGACGGAGCGCAUGGAGCGCAUCAGUGUGAUUGACGACGAGACCCGCAGCCUGGUACAGAGGGGUCCUCUGCCAUUCAUCCAGGGCUGCAGUCAGCUCCUCCUGAAAGUCGCAGAAGAACAGAAGAUGGCAGUGCCUGACAUCCCGAAGCUGGUCCUGAGUCUGUACAGUGCGCCAGAGAUCAUCAGGAAAAGACUGAGAAGUUCGUUCACGUACCAUUCAGCCAUCCUGGGAACAGCAGAUCAAUGGUCAUCACUGACCCUGGACCCAGACUCUGCCUACUGGCUCCUGAAUGUGUCUGAAGAUGAGAAGACGGUGAUGUUUGGUUACAUGGGAGAGAAUUCCUGGCACAACUCUAAGAUGUUCGAGAACAUGCACCAGAUCCUGUGCGCGCAAAGCUUCACGGCCGGCUGCCACUCCUGGGACCUGAAGACGGGCGGCGUUUCCUGGGGCGUAGGGGUGGCUUAUGGGAGCAUCGACCGGGGCGGCUUGCAGUCCCACUUCACCAACAGCGCCAAGUCCUGGUGCCUGUACUUCUACCGCGGCACCCUGACCGCCUGCCACCAGAACCAACAGACCUACCUGCGCGAAUUUCCCGCCAUCAGCCGAAUCCGGGUCCAGCUGGACUACGAGGCGGGGACCGUGUCCUUUUACCAGGUCGGCGAGUGCCCGCAGCACCUCCACACCUUCCAGGCCACCUUCACAGAACCCGUGUUCCCAGCCUUCACCUGCUCCGGCAACUCUUCCCUCAGGCUGCUGUGCUGAAGGACGCACCCGGGGGUCACUAACUCUCUCACCAAGUGAAGGGGAGGGUGGAGAAGCCAUUGUUCACCUGUUUUCUGUACUAUGUCAAGUUCUGCUUUUAUACCAGACAUAGGAGCAGAAUUAGGCCAUUUGGCCCCUCAUGUCUGCUCUUCCAUUCCAUAUGGUCGGUUUAUUAUUCCCCUCAACCCCAUUCUCCCUCCUUUUCCUCGUCACCUUUAAUGCACUGACUAAUCAAGAACCUAUCCUCCUCCACUUUAACCGUACCCAAUGACUCGGCCUCCUCAUCCGUCUGGGUUCAGCUCACAACUCUUUUCUCAAUGAAUUUUCUCAACUCAAAUCUCUACGAAUUUUCAGGUCAUAGUCUGCUGUAUUCAAAUUUAAGACCCUUUAGAUUCAACUAAACCACUUAAAACAUAGAACAUGCACAGUACAAGGCCAUUCUGCCCACAAUGCCAUGCUGACCUUUUAACAUACUAUAAGACCAACCUAUCUAUCCCCUUCCUCUCCCAUAGCUCUCCAUUUUUCUAUAAUCCCUAAAUAUCUGUCAAAGUUCCUAAUGUAUCUGCGCCAUCACUGUUUGAACAUCGAACACUGUUAGUACAGCUCAUUACAGGCCCUUGUGGACAAAAAAUUACCUCCUACAUCCUGCAUGUCUUAUUUUAAUUUAUUUGUUGAUGGUCCCUUCUGGCCCUUUGAGCGACACUACCCCAUCACACCCGAUGAACCCGAGCCUAAUCACAGGAGAGUUUACAGUGGCCAGCUAACCCACAUGGCAGGUCUUUGGACUGGGGGAAGGAGACUCGAGCACCUGGGGAAAACCCAUGUUUUCCAUGGGGAGGACGCACAAAUUGCGCUGGAAUAGAACUGCGAGCUCUGAACGCUCAGCACUAAUAGUGUCAAGCUCCUGUAAUGGCCUCCAUCACUCUCUCCUCUAAACGAACCUUAAUUACCACCCCAGUUAACUAGGUCUAAUGUCCUGGUGCAGACGGUCACUCAUGAGGCCGGUCUCUGGGGUCCCUGUUCUUCCGGAGCCAGACAGGAUGCUGGUGACCUCAGUGGGUCAGGCAGCAUCUGUGGAGAGAAAUAGAUGGUGGAUGUUUGGUGCAAGACCAGAUUCCAGCAUCUCGGGUCUCAUCGAGAGGGGACAGAUUUAAAGGGGGACUUCUCUGCACUGAGGGUGGUGGGCAUUUGAGUGAGAACAUAAAACACAACAGGCCAUUCGGCCCACAAUGUCGUGCCCAACCAAUUAAAUUAAUGAUCAAAUGGCUAACUAAACUAAUCCCUUCUGCCUACACAGUCCAUAUCUCUCCAUUUUCUUCACAUUCAUGAGCCCAUCCAAACGUCUCUUACUCCACCCUAGGCAACGCAUUCCAGACACCCACCACUCUAAAAAUACUUGCCCCUCACAUCUCCUUUCAACUUGCCCUCCCUCUCUCCUUAAAUGCAUGCCCUCUGGUGUUAGAUAUUUCAACCCUGGGGAGAGAAAAAAAGAUGCUGUCUGUCUACUCUAUCUGUCUCUCUCAAUUUUAUAAACCUCUAUCAGGUCAUCCCUCAGCCGCUGACACUCCAGAGAAAACAACCCAACUUUGUCCAACCUCUCGUUACAUCACGUGCCCUGUAAUCCUGGUAAACCUCUUCUGCACCCUGUCCAAAGCCUUGGUGUUAUUCCUAUAAUGGGGUGACCAGAACUGUAUCCAACUCGAGUUUCAUAAACCUGCAACGUUGAGUGACAGAUGCAGCCUGGCCCAUCUGUGCUCUGCAGUUUUACAACCAUCAGGAGCUGUGGAUUUCUAAGCCCUAUUUAGUUGCCCUCAGCUCCCCACCCUGAGUUACAAUCCUGCGUCUCUCCUCAUCCUAUUCUUUAUCAGGGCCACCUCAUUUGAUAAUCCCCAAUCCUUCUAAAAUAUCCUAGGAUAUCUCAUUGCCCAUCUUAUUCACGUGGUAUCCAGGGAUCGCGUUAGAGCGACGAGACUGUGCAUUCACUCUGCCGUUUUUGUAUUGUUUCAUGUAACACCGUGGUCCUGAAAAACGUUGUCUCAUUUUUACUGUGUACUGUACCAGCAGUUAUGGUCGAAAUAACAAUAAAAAGUGACUUGACUUGA